AUGGGCGAGGCAGAUGUCGAAUUCCCGCUGCUCAGCGCCUUAGGCCUCUACGCCCACGACAUCCGCGGCGAUGGUAAGUCAUGAUUUCCUUACGUCCGACUCGCACAUGCACCACCUGAACGCCUCCUUCACCUCUUGGACGAAUUGCGAGUGCUCAUCCCUUCCAGGCAACUGCCUCUUCAACGCUCUUUCCGACCAGCUGUACGGUCAUCAGAAUGAACACGCUGCCAUUCGCUCGCGUGUCAUAGACUACAUGCGUGAACACGCCGAUUACUACAAGCAAUUCAUCGACGUGCAUCCCGGCGGCGGCAUCAGACGAAACCCCAAACGUAAGAAUGCCGGUGCCUACUCGUCGCCCGCCAACUUCGUCCCUCCCUCGGCUGCCGACAUCGACCGCGUCUUCGAGAGCCAUCUUCAGAGCAUGGCAAGAGGAGGCACAUACGGCGAUAACAUGGAGAUCACCGCCUUCUCCUCCGCGUACGACUACGACGUGAAGAUCUACCAACGGGAUUUCGCGUACAUGGUGUCGGGCAGUGCCGGUGAUGAGAGGAUCAGACAGGUGGCUCACAUUGCCUACCACACGUGGGAACACUACUCGUCGAUACGAAACCUCGACGGGCCUCACACUGGUCUUCCGGGCGUGUCACCCAAGGCUCUGACGCCGGAAGAGGAGCGGAUACAGCAAGAGAAGCUCGCACAAACACCUCACGUGCUCCCGUGGAUGAUCGAUGUUGUGGAGAGGUCGUUGCCUUUCCUGGCCGACAAGCCCACCAUCAAGCGUGCCAUCGAAGCAGCAAAGGGCAACAUCGAUAACGCGGUGUCAAAUCUGCUGGAUGCAGAGGAGAACGGUAGCUCAUCGUCCCACCACGAGAGCUCCAGCGUCGAGCGUGAUCACGAUAGCGACGAUGACAUGCACGAUGGCCCAAACAAGAAGCAGGAUAGACGGAUGAGUCGAGCGUCACGAGCUCAGAAAGGCCGAAGCCAGGAAAGCAGACACGCGUUGUCACAACUCAGCACGUUCGAUGGCAGCCAAGAAUCCUUCACCAGCCUUGACUCGGAGACUUCGAGUCAACCAGACUCAUCCCAGAACAGCACGAACAGCAAGCCCAACGUGCCCAGUCAUAUCGUCGACGUCGCCAAGAAGCAAGAUGCCAACGACGCAACAUCGUCAUCACCAAACGCGCCCGCACCCGCUGUCAAGCCUCCCGUUCGGUUGAAGCUCCUUCCACCCCGACCACCCGACCCUUCACAACGCGCCGGCAAGACGCAACAGAGACAGAAUGGUCCACGCGUCAGUGCUCGAGACAAAAAGGACAUGAAGAAGCAGGCACAGAAGGCUGCUCGGAAGGAGCGUCAGCAGGCUGCUGCAAAGGAUGAGAAUCGCACGGAGAGCCCCUCUCAGGUCGGCUUGACCUUACGAGCCAAGGGUAUGACGGAGACGCCGCCUCUGGAGACGCUGCGGACACUCUACAUUUAA